GCCCCGCCCCACGGACCCGAGAUUCGUCGGAAUUUUCCCGCGACGCCGCGGGAGCGCGCGGGGCCGCUAGCCAGGCCCCAGAAUGCACUGCUGACACGUGUGCGCGCGCGCGCGCGCGGCUCCACUGCCGAGCGACCGCGGGAAAAUUCCAAAAAAACUCAAAACAAAAAGCCAAUACGAGGCAAAGCCAAAUUUUCAAGCCACAGAUCCCGGGCGGUGGCUUCCUUUCCGCCACUGCCCAAACUGCUGAAGCAGCUCCCGCGAGGACCACCCGGUAGUAAUAAAUUACCUGUGGAAUCAAGGAGAGAAAGAGGCAGAAAUAACUUGGAGCCAAGUCACAAGGCAAGAAGAAGCUUCCUAAUAUUUUAAUAACGAAUGUGUUCCUCAGCUCACUUUCUAACUGGUCUAACCAAAACCCAAGUCUUACUGUCAGAUUUAAUGUGUGCCCACCAUUUCCUUCAGUGCUGGACAGGCUGCUGUGAAGGGACAUCACCUUUUCCCUUUUUCCAAGAUGGCUCAAGAUUCAGUAGAUCUUUCUUGUGAUUAUCAGUUUUGGAUGCAGAAGCUUUCUAUAUGGGAUCAGGCUUCCACUUUGGAAACCCAGCAAGACACCUGUCUUCACCUGGCUCAGUUCCAGGAGUUCCUGAGGAAGAUGUAUGAAGCCUUGAAAGAGAUGGAUUCUAACACAGUCCUUGAAAGAUUCCCCACAAUUGGUCAACUGUUGGCAAAAGCUUGUUGGAAUCCUUUUAUUUUAGCAUAUGAUGAAAGCCAAAAAAUUCUAAUAUGGUGCUUAUGUUGUCUAAUUAACAAAGAACCACAGCAUUCUGGACAAUCAAAACUUAACUCCUGGAUACAGGGUGUAUUAUCUCAUAUACUUUCAGCACUCAGAUUUGAUAAAGAAGUUGCUCUUUUCACUCAAGGUCUUGGGUAUGCACCUAUAGAUUACUAUCCUGGUUUGCUUAAAAAUAUGGUUUUAUCAUUAGCGUCUGAACUCAGAGAGAAUCAUCUUAAUGGAUUUAACACUCAAAGGCGAAUGGCUCCCGAGCGAGUGGCGUCCCUGUCACGAGUUUGUGUCCCACUUAUUACCCUGCCAGAUAUUGACCCCCUGGUGGAGGCUCUGCUCAUCUGUCACGGACGUGAACCUCAGGAAAUCCUCCAGCCAGAGUUCUUUGAGGCCGUAAACGAGGCCAUUUUGCUGAAGAAGAUUUCUCUCCCCAUGUCGGCUGUAGUCUGCCUCUGGCUUCGGCAUCUUCCCAGCCUUGAAAAAGCAAUGCUGCAUCUUUUUGAAAAGCUAAUCUCCAGUGAGAGAAAUUGUCUGAGAAGGAUCGAAUGCUUUAUAAAAGAUUCAUCGCUGCCUCAAGCAGCCUGCCACCCUGCCAUAUUCCGGGUUGUUGAUGAGAUGUUCAGGUGUGCACUCCUGGAAACCGAUGGGGCCCCGGAAAUCAUAGCCACUAUUCAGGUGUUUACGCAGUGCUUUGUAGAAGCUCUGGAGAAAGAAAGCAAGCAGCUGCGGUUUGCACUCAAGACCUACUUUCCUUACACUUCUCCAUCUCUUGCCAUGGUGCUGCUGCGAGACCCUCAAGAUAUCCCUCGGGGACACUGGCUCCAGACACUGAAGCAUAUUUCUGAACUGCUCAGAGAAGCAGUUGAAGACCAGACUCAUGGGUCCCGCGGAGGUCCCUUUGAGAGCUGGUUCCUGUUCAUUCACUUUGGAGGAUGGGCUGAGAUGGUGGCAGAGCAGUUACUGAUGUCGGCAGCCGAACCCCCCACGGCCCUGCUGUGGCUCUUGGCCUUCUACUACGGCCCCCGUGACGAGAGGCAGCAGAGAGCACAGACUAUGGUCCAGGUGAAGGCCGUGCUGGGCCACCUCCUAGCAAUGUCCAGAAGCAGCAGCCUCUCAGCCCAGGACCUGCAGACAGUAGCAGGACAGGGCACAGACACCGACCUCAGAGCUCCUGCACAACAGCUGAUCAGGCACCUUCUCCUCAACUUCCUGCUCUGGGCUCCUGAAGGCCACACAAUCGCCUGGGAUGUCAUCACCCUGAUGGCUCACACUGCUGAGAUAACUCACGAGAUCAUUGGCUUUCUUGACCAGACCUUGUACAGAUGGAAUCGUCUUGGCAUUGAAAGCCCUAGAUCAGAAAAACUGGCCCGAGAGCUCCUUAAAGAGCUGCGAACUCAAGUCUAGAAGGCACGCAGGCUGUGUGGGUGCCCGGCAUGAGGGAUCAGGCUCGCCAGGGCCACAGGACAGGUGAUGACCUGUGGCCACGCAUUUGUGGAGUAAGUGCCCUCUUUGGGCUGUGAGAAUGAGCUGUACACAUCUUGGGACGAUCUGCUAGUAUCUAUUUUACAAAAUGCAGAGCCAGGUCCCUCAGCCCAGACUCAGUCAGACAUGUUCACUAAUGACUCAAGUGAGCCUUCGGCGCUCCUGGUGCCCGCCCGGCCAGACCGUCAGCUUGAGAAUUACUAAAGCAAAGGCUUGGGUGGGAGAACAGGUUUCUAGUUUUUACCCAAGUCAAGAUGCACAUCUAUUAUUUAAAAAUUCAAAGUCUUAGAACCAAGAAUUUGGUCAUGAACCAUUAAAGAAUUUAGAGAGAACUUAGCUCUUUUUAGACUCUUUUUAGGAGUCAGGGAUCUGGGAUAAAGCCUCACUGUCUUGCUGUAUGGAGAAAUUCAAGGGGAGUCAGGGUCCCUCAGGCUUCCCUUGUGUCUCCCUGGACCUGCCCGACAGGCCACAGGAGCAGACAGCACACCCAACCAAGCCCAGGCCUCCUGCACACUCUUUCCACUCUGUAUUUGCUAAAUGCUGACUGCUACCAAAAGGCCCCUGGGACAUCAGAGGAGCCGGCAGGCGAAGGUAGAGGAUGUGUUCCAGAAACAUUAGAAGGCAGGAUUAAUUCAGUUAGUUCUCUUAUGGAAAUGGGAAUUGGAAAUUCCUGAUAAAGAAGUGGCCUGGCUGGGCGCAGUGGCUCACACCUGUGAUCCCAGCACUUUGGGAGGCCAAGGCAGGGGGAUCACUUCAGCCCAGGAGUUCCAGAUUGGCCUGGCUAACAUGGCAAUACCCUAUCUCUACUAAAAACACAAAAAUUAUCGGGGUGCAAUGGCGUGCACCUGUAACCCCAGCUAUUCAGGAGGCUGAGGCACGAAGAUCUCUUGAACCCGGGAGGUGGGAGCUGUAGUGAGCCGAGAUCGUGACACUGCACUCCAGCCUGGGCAACAGAGCGAGACCCUCUCUUAAAAAAAGGCAUUGUUAGUGUAAUCUCAAGGUUAACAUUUAUUUCAUGUCAGUAGAGGAUGCUUUUUCCUUUCAGGGACAUUCUGGAAUUGUAUUGGUUGUACAUUCUUUUGUGUCUAUUCUGUUUGUCAAGUGAGUCAAGACUUGCUUUUGUCCAUUUUGAUGUAUGUGUAUUAGUCUGAGUCUUGGCUCCGUUUUGAGGUAUGAGCAAAGUUUUGCCAGAUUAGAAGUUAACCUUUAGGGAAAUUCCUUUUUUCGGUAUGUGGCAAUGCUAAUAGAUCCACCUGAAGAUCUGGAAAAUUCCAGGAACUUUUCACCUGAGCCUUUCUUCUGAGAAAUGCUGCAGUCAGAAGGGUGUGCUGGUAAAAUAUUUUGGUGGCAGCUGCCAUCAUGAUCAUUGCUUUCAUAUAACACGCUUCGUGCCAUCAUGAUCCUUGCCUUCAUAUAACAAACACGCUUUGUCGGAGGUGUUGGGGUUGAAAAAGGAGCUGCAUGCUUCACUGGAGUUGAGGGCCUCUCUCCUGUUCUGACUUUGAGCCAGAACUUGUGGCUGGGCCAUGGAAGCUGUGACUCCUCCGUGGACAUGGUGGCAGCAGGGAACCCCUAGAGAGAGGGGCCACUGGGACCAGGCCUCCUGUUGUGGAGGGACUCCUGGGACAGUCCUCCACCCUGUCCUGUGGUCCUGUGUACAGGGUUGGCCUCUCCCUCCUCCCCUGCCAGGCCUCUGCCCAUGCCCCUUCCUUCCUUCUCCUGGGAGUGGUGAAGCUAGGCGUCUGGAAGACUUCUUCCUAGCCUGGAAGCCCUGACCUCGGCCCAUCUGCAGAAUCUCCCAGUUCCUUCACAGCUGCCGAGUUCUCUCGUGGGCGCGGUGGAGGCGGCCUUGCCGGUGGUGCUUUCCGGGCAGCCAGGGGUUCCUGGGUGGGAGGACUGUCCCUCUGGGGAUGUGGCACUGAAGUGCCUGCUGGCUUCACGUGGCCCUUUGCCCUUUCCCAGCCUGAGAGAUGCUCAAAGGUGGGGAGCUGAGGGAGCCACCCCUCGGCCAUUCCCUCCACCUCCAAGACAGGUGGCGGCCGGGCAGGCGCUCUUAAGCCCACCUCCUCCUCCUGUUGCCUUCGGUUUCAGCAAAGUCUGGGCAGGUGCCACCGGGAAGGAAUGGCGUCCAAGAUGCUGGGCGGGGACACGGCGUGGCCAAGGGGGCGUUGACAGCGUUGGCGGGGCCUGGGCAAGGGGCAGCCGCAGGGAGGCAGGGAUGCCAAGGCCUGAAGCCACCCUGGAAGGAACUGGACCGAGGUCUUCAGAGGUGCGACACGGUCCGGAAUCUGACCUUACCCUAGCAGGAGUUUUUCUAGACUCUCCCUAAGCAUGCUGGUAAAAACCACUACCCUCAGAGAGAGCCAAAAAUACAGAAGAGGCGGAGAGCGCCCCUCCAACCAGGCUGUUAUUCCCCUGGACUCCGUGACAUCUGUGGAAUUUUUUAGCUCUUUAAAAUCUGUAAUUUGUUGUCUAUUUUUUCAUUCUAAAUAAAACUUCAAUUUGCACCUAA